AUGGGAUGUGUCAUCGCAAGCGCCAAACUCGGAUUCGGCCUCCACUACUGGAACGUCAACCCCGCCAACGCCCAGCGCAUCAUCCAACUUUACUAUGCUGUUCAAAUGCUCUACAUUAUCGUUCUCAUAUUGGCCAAAGUGUCAAUCGUCGCGCUUUUUGCGCGAGUUUUUCCAAGCCGCAAGUUUCAGCUUGUGAACAGACUUGUCUUUGUUUUUCUCGUUGGCCAUGGACUGGUCUUUACCUUCGUCAUCAUGUUCGAAUGCACACCGAUUGCCGGCAUCUGGGACCGGACUCUCAUUCGUAAAUGUGUGGACCUCAACGCCGUGGCACUGGCCAGCGCUAUCCUCAGUAUUGUCGAAGAUAUUGUUAUUCUCGCCAUGCCCAUUCAGCAGCUCAGUCAGUUGCAACUCGGGUCGAAGAAGAAGCUGGCGGUCAUCUUCAUGUUCAGCUUGGGAUCAUUCGCGUGCAUCACUUCGAUCGUUCGUCUUCGAUGGCUGGUCCUGUUUGCUGAUUCAUACGACACCACAUGCAGCAUGAGAAGUGUCAGAAGAGAGGCGGAUGCAGAAUACGAGAUGGACCUUCGAAGCGUCGUGAAUACGAAGACGUGGAUGUAG